AUGGAAGGAGCGAGCAACGGAGGGAUGUUGUACCACGAGGUUCAAGAAUCGAAGCUUUGCGCGGUGCACUGCGUGAACACGGUGUUGCAGGGUCCUUUCUUCUCGGAGUUGGAUUUCGCGGCACUCGCUUCUGAUCUCGAUCGCCGGGAGCGGCAGAUGAUGAAUCAAUCCGGCGGAGAUUUCCUCCCGGACCCGCACGUUUCUCACAAUGUAUCCUUGGAUGGCGACUUCAGCAUUCAGGUCCUACAAAAGGCUUUGGAAGUUUGGGAUUUGCAGGUUAUUCCACUUGAUAGCCCUGUUGCUGAGCAGGCAAAGAUGAACCCAGAGCUUGAAAAUGCUUUUAUCUGUAAUCUACAAAGUCAUUGGUUCUGCAUCAGGAAAGUGAAUGGAGAAUGGUACAACUUUGACAGUCUAUAUGCAGCCCCGGAACACUUAUCUAAGUUUUACCUUUCUGCCUAUCUGAGUUCCCUCAAAGGUUCAGGUUGGAGCAUUUUCUUAGUAAGAGGGAAUUUUCCGAAGGAGUGCCCUAUGGCAUCAUCUGAUGCCACUUAUGGGUAUGGACAAUGGCUAUCUCCUGAAGAUGCGGAGAGAAUCACCAAGUCUUGCAAUUCCUCCCAAAGAUUCCCAGGAAGCAAUCAACCGGUGCGUUCCCCUGAUCCCUAUCUCCAGUAUGCUGAUGAUGGAGAUUUGUUUUUAGAAGAAGAGGAUGAAGAUUUGAAAGCUGCAAUUGCUGCCAGCUUGUUAGAUUCUGCAAAGCCAACUGCAACACCAUCACCGGUGCCAGCAACAAUGCCAACGCCAACGCCUACACAAGCACCAGCUGCAAUGCCAGUGGCAACACCGACCCCUACACCAGCACCAGAGCCAUCACCAUCACCAGCACCAACAGCAUCAUUAUCACCAGUGCCAGUGGAAGAGGCUCAAGGUAACAGAACAAUUGAAACUAAGAGCACUGAUGAAAUAGAAAACCAAGUCAGGCCGCAAGAUGAAAUUGCGGAUGUGGUGUUGUGGAGGCGUAAAAAUUUAACUGCGGGGAUAUUAGUGGCAACAUUGGCUGCUUGGUUGGUGUUUGAAAAAUCAGGUUAUACACUGGUAUCCUGGGUAUCCAGUGUUCUGUUCCUCCUACUCACCAUUCUUUUUGUCUGGUCCAAAUCAGCAGCCAUUGUAAACAGACCUGCUCCACCUUUACCACAUUUGCAUCUAUCGGAGGAAAUGGUGAAUGAUGCAGCAGUCUUCAUACGAGACAACGUUAAUAAUAUGCUCGCAAUAGCAGAAGAUAUAGCAUUAGGGAAGGACUCCAUAAUGUUUGCCAAAGUAUCGGCAUCUCUGCUUCUAAUAUCUAUCAUUGGCAGCUUCACCGAUCUUUUCACUCUGGCGUAUGCUAGCCUUCUUCUACUUCUCACAGUUCCAGCAAUUUAUGAAAAGUACGAGGAUGUGAUUGACGUAUAUGCAUUUUCUGGUUACAAGACAUUGGGUAUUUUGUACGAGAGACUUGAUAAAAAAUGCAUCAGCAAGGUUUCCAGUAUGAUUUUGGACGAAAAGAAAGCUAGCUGA